UCUCGCUUCUGACGUCAUAAUGGAACGACUGUAACGAGAAAAUAGGAGCCUUAAUACCAAUCCAGUGAAGGCGUAAAAUAUAUUCAUGGCUUAACGAGAUACAAUAAUUUAUAACUGUGAUGCAAUAACGUCUUACUAUGAAUAUUGGAGCAUGCGUGCACGCAUAACACUAAAGUUUUUGGAAAAAAUUGCACUGCAUACAGUAGACAGGUUUACGGCAGCACGCGUAUAAAUAGGCUGUUAGAUUUAGACAGAGCAGUCAAUCCGUUCCUCGUGUUUCAACGGGAAAUAGAAAAACGACAUCAUGUUCAAACUCCUGGUAAUCUUCGGCCUCUUGGCCAUCGCAAAUGCUGGCUUGAUCGCUGCACCUGCGAUCGCUAUCAAGCCAGCUGCAGUUGCCAUCGCUCCUGCGGUUGCUGUUAAAACUACGUGGGGUGGUGCUGGCUGGAAUGGUGCUGGCUGGAAUGGUGCUGGCUGGAAUGGUGCUGGAUGGAAUGAUGCUGGCAAAUGGGGUAAUGGCGCGUGGGGCAACGGCGCGUGGGGUAACAACGGCGCGUGGGGUAACAACGGCGCGUGGGGUAAUGGCGCGUGGGGACUUAAGGGUUAGACUUAGAUUCUUUUACAUUGACUGAGAUAUAAAAAAACCCACCGCUAUCCCACCAACAACUAUACAUUACAAAAUGUACCUCGCCCCUAAUAUCAGACACAUCCGAUUCGCUGAUGCAGUUUCCUCUAAAGUCAAAAUUUUCUUUUUUUAUUAGAAAGUUUUCCCUGUUCUAUUUAAAAUUGUUAAUACAUUAUUGAAAGUGCCACGAAAAAACAUGAAAUAAUAAAAUUUU